AGAUAAUUAAAAUUGAGACUAUAAGGUUUUCGUAAACGGUCAACCAGUCAAUAAUAUUUUAGCCAAAAAUAUGGAUAUGGCCGUUUUAAACAACACGGCAGCGACGAUUCCUUUCGAAGCAUCCACGCUCCAAGAAAUAGUUCGUUCAUUCUUACUUCUUUUCUGUGGAAUAUUUGCCGUAAUUGGGAACCUGUUUGUGAUGUCCGUCGUUAUUUUAAAUAAAUCCUUACAUACUCCAAACAACAUUUUGCUGUUCAACCUUGCGCUAAUCGACCAUAUAACGGGAAUAACUAUGAUAACAGCUUCAGCAUUUUACAUUAAGGACAACUUCGACGAGUACCAAAGAAUUACAGGUGGCGUUGUAUACGUGUGCGUCAUUUUGUCAAUUUUUAAUUUACUCUUCAUUGGAGUUGAUCGUUUAUUAUCACUUUCAUUUCCAUUUAAAUAUAUGAAUAUCAACGACAGAGUUAAAAGUUGUGUUAUUGUGGCUGCGAUCUGGAUCCUGGGGACCAUAGUGUAUGUUUUCGUUUCUUAUGGACCGAAUUUUGGAGUGAAAGAUUGCGGUGAGUUCCUGCCAAACGUGGAGGUUAUUGAUAUAAUCACACAAUCUACUCUCGGAGCCACCAUCUUGAUAUCAAUUAUGGUUCACAUCCGUGUGUAUUUCAUAGCUGCUAACCAAGCAAGAAGAAUUGCACAAUCGCAAACAGAAAGCCGGGGCCAGUCAGCAAUCAACGUUAAAGCAAUAAAAACCACUUUAAUCGUGCUUGGUGCAUUCUGUGUUUGCUAUCUUCCUACUUUAUUUUUCCUACUUUCGACGUAUCUCUGUUCCCCAUUAGGAGGUAAAAAUGCGGGAAAUGUAUCAACCGCAGUGUUCUUCAUAACCUAUAGUGGAUGCAUUGUCAAUCCAGUUAUCUACACUCUGCGAAGAGAAGAAUUUAAGAAACAAAUGAAGCUGUUCCUAAACAAGUGCUGCUUUUCGAGAUGUAAACGCAUGAACGAAAAUUCAGCAGAGAUGUCGGUGUCAACAACAAGAAGGGAGCCAGCUACUGGCGUAUAUAUUGAUGAAGCAUGUUAAAAUUUUGAUUAUUUUAGUCACUUUUUUGGAGACAAGUUGACUUUUUUUUUGUCAAAAGUCUAUAAUAGCGAACUGAGUACACCUUACAUACACUUCAGAAGCGAUCGAUAGCUCCUAAAGUUACGAAAAGAAAAAUUAUUUAUUAUCGAAUUCACGUUAUAAAAUAAUAGCUAGUGUGAUGAUGUGUAUGAUUGUAUAUAAUGGACCUCUCCAAAGCGUCAAUCAAACAUAACAAUAGUAUAACGCUAGACCUUUCCUGAGUGUCAAUCAAACUUAACUGACCAAUCAGAACAGCGCUAGGAAAUCUCACAAACACAUGUGUUGUCCACAAACGCACGUGUUCGCGUAUGUAUUGUGGGACCUUAGCAACAAUAUCCAAGUAGGCGGGGCUUAGCGGUAAGUUCCAUUAACAAAUUCACGUCCCUCACCACACGUGUUUACGUAAAAUUUACACUUUUCGCUGUGGACUAGCUACAAUAUCCAAUAUUUCAAAUAACAAAAGCAUAAUUACAUUUUUACAAACAGAAAAACCAUUUAAUUUCGUUUGGAAGUUUGAUGAAAGUUUGUCAAGAUAAAAAAAUGCAUAAGAUGCCGUUCACAUACAGACAAACAGUAACAGCUCUGAUAAAAAAGUAAAAGGAAGUAGGCAUUUGGAAUUUAGACUAAAGUUACAGGUAGAAAUUUUUU